UAUGUCGUGAAUGAGAAACCAUUGAAGAAAAAUUCUCAAUCUCGCAGUCCCCACUUUCGCAUUAACUCAAGCGGAGAAGACUCGAUGGCAAUGGGAGAUCAGCUAUGGCUACUGCAUCUGUUCGUCAACAAUUAACGAAGUCGAUCGCACUCUCUGCAGCCACCUUCAGCGCAACCAUUCUCUUGGUUCUAUUUCAUCGCACCCAUCCAUCUUCUUCGAUAACCCCAGAUCCAAUGGCGGCUCGAAGCUUCAUCCUCUGGCUUCAUGGAUUGGGGGAUUCAGGUCCUGCCAACGAGCCAAUCAAGAAUCUCUUCACUUCACCUGAGUUCAAGCGCACUUCCUGGUCUUUUCCCUCUGCUCCUUCCAAUCCCGUCACGUGUAAUUAUGGUGCGGUGAUGCCUUCAUGGUUUGACAUUCAUGAGAUUCCAGUAACCGCUGAUUCUCCAAAGGCUGAAAGCUCGGUGCUUGAAGCAGUACAGAGUGUACAUGCAAAGAUAGACAAGGUGAUAGAUGGUGGCAUAAGUCCAAGUAACAUAUUUGUGUGUGGAUUCAGUCAAGGAGGUGCCUUGACAUUGGCUAGUGUUCUGCUCUAUCCAAAGACUCUAGGAGGAGGUGCGGUAUUUAGUGGAUGGGUUCCUUUCAAUUCAACAAUUCUUGACCGAGUACAUCCCGAUGCAAAAAGGACACCAAUUUUAUGGUCUCAUGGAAUGGACGACAGAACCGUAUUGUUUGAAGCUGGACAAGCCGGGCCACCGUUCCUGGAAAAGGCUGGACUAAGCUGCGAAUUUAAGGCGUAUCCCGGUCUUGGUCAUUCGAUAAGCACGGAGGAGCUCAAACACCUUGAAUCCUGGAUCAAGAGCCGCCUGCAAAGCUCCUCCUGAACCCUUUGAACCCUUUUGCUGGAUUUCAGAUCAUUAUGUUAUUAACAACUUUGACACGCAGUCUAAAAGAAAUUUUGUUGGAAAAGUGUGAAGCUGGGUUAUUAUGUCCAGUAUUUUGAAGCAUUGCAGUUGACUCAUAAGGAAGCAAAGAAUGAUUGAUUAUUCCACAUAAGCUAAUAAUAUAAUAUGCUUUCUUCAUCAA